AUGGCUUCCUCGCAGCAGUCCCUGGAGUUGCUGCUGCUGCAAUUCUUAAUGCCGGACAACGAGGCAAGGCGGCAGGCGGAGGAGCAGAUAAAGCGACUGGCAAAGGACCCGCAGGUGGUUCCGUCUCUUGUCCAUCACUUGAGAACCGCGAAGACUCCGAACGUCCGGCAACUCUCGGCGGUCCUCCUCCGUAAGAAGAUCACCGGGCACUGGGCCAAGCUGCCGCCGCAGGUUAAACAGUCCGUUAAAUCUGCCCUCAUUGAAAGCAUCACCCUCGAACAUAGGUGUGGAUUCCCUUCUCUUCUAGCGUAAAAAUAUAUUUUUUCUCAUACAAUGGCGAAUUUCCACGCAUCUUUUUUUGUUUUGGGUGAGGAUAAUUGGUCUCUUUUCCUUGGCUCGUCAAUCCGAUAAAAUUUCAUACCUUCGUGUGUUUACCAUUUAUACGUAUAUCACUUACUCCGCUCGGUCACAGAAGUUCUUGAAUGUAUCCACUUUUUUUAAAAAAAUGGUACCGUUUAUUUUGCUGAUGGACCAUACUUGUGUUUAUGUUGCUUGCUGACUAUGAAUAUUGAAUGGAAGCUAGACGUUUAUGAAAACAUGGUUUUCUCUUAAAAAAUCAUAGACUUUGGGCGAGUUAAUUUUAUUUAUUGAGAGGUUACUCGCAUGCUUUUUAUAGGAAUUAGUUCCUUUUGUAACUCCCCUGCCUCUUGAUUAAGUUCAAAAGGUGGAAUCCGGUUCUCACCCUAGCCAACUUGUGGGCAUGCUCUAUGUCUCAUAUUGAUGGAACAUUUGCUUUCAUAAUAAAAUAUAUAUUUUAAAUUAUUUCUUUCACAAUAACCAGAGAAUUAACUUAUUAGCAGUAUGAACAUGAGAAUUUUAGCUGACAUUUUCUCAAUCAAGGCCGUACUAUGUGGUAUGUCCUAGAAGAGGAGAAGGGAAAUAUUUUAGAAGAUUUGGGUGAUUUUUUCACAGGGAUACUGCCAGAAGAAAGACACGUAUUGAAGAGACCCUAACCUGUCAUGUAGGAAGGGUGAAGAAAAUAAUUCAAGAGCCCGUCAAGGCUGGGCUCACCUGAAUUUUCCCUUGGUUGCUAUUCUGCUGUUCCCAUAGACUAUGAUACAAUUAGAUGUCUCUGUCUUAGUGUAUACUGGAUUAGAAGGUCGGGUUGCGACUUACGGUGAACCUUUUAACCCCUCGUAUCAGUGCUACACUAAAACUAUCCCUCGUGAGUCUACUAUUUACAUUGGGUUGCAAGUUUAGUUGAUGAUGUGUAUCACAUCCCACUGGGGAAUCCAGGGGAUGACGGCAGCAACUUCAAAAACAAUGACUGUAGUGUCAGCCCGCCAGUAACUCCUGAUAGCCUGACCCUGCGAUCCAUUAGUGCGGGAAGAAUUAUCUCCACGAUUUGCCACUUCCUUCACGUAAAUAUUUCGCAUCCUUCAGUUGUCGAGCCCUUUAGAAUAUGUGCUCCCAUUAUAUAAAUAUCGAUUUCUAAUACUGCUACCUUACAAAAAAGUGGAAAAUGUGAAAUGUUGUCCCUUCAAAAUAUGGCUAAUACUGCUACUCUUGUUUGUAUGCCAUUGCCCUGUCUGGAUGGGCUCAAUCCUACUACCCAGAAGUUUCAAAAUAUUUCCAUCAGUAUUCCAUUCAUGCUGAAUUUAAUGCAGUUAACCAUUUAAAAUUUGAAGGCUUUAUGAUUCUAGAAAAUGGUUCGAAUGUAAAAAAAAUCCCUCCACUUGAAGUAUUCUUGGAUUUUUUCUGCUUGGUUUUCCUGUUCAAACAAGAGCUGUGGGCAUGCCCAGAAAUGCUGCAUUAUCUUUUUUCUCUAGCAUUGCUGCUUUGCACUCUUCUUGUUGUGUUUUUAUGAGAUAUUUUACAUAACUUGACAAGGCUCGUUGGAAGAGUCUCUUUCAUAUGCCAUUUUACAUGCCGUGGCAAAGGAUUUAACGAGUAUAUUGUUUUCGAUUGGCAUUCAUGACUGAUAAGCAUUCUAGUCCUUGAUCUUGAAUUUUUCCCAUGUCGCAGAAGCUUUAACCACCUCUAAGUAUGAAUCUUAUAUUUUUGAUAUUUCCAUUUUGUACGUAUAACUUAUUCAGAGGUUACGUUCUAUGCUUCUUUUACAGUCCUCCUGUUAGGCGUGCAAGCGCAAACGUUGUAAGCAUAGUUGCUAAGUAUGCUGUUCCUGCUGGAGAAUGGCCCGAAUUAUUGCCAUUUCUUUUUCAGUGCAGCCAGAGUCCACAGGAGGACCAUAGGGAGGUAAGUAUUUGUUCACAGCCUUCAAUUGAUAUGCCUUAGCGGUCUAUACAACCGGUUUUUGCUCCUUUUUACUCUUGAAUCGAAUUGUUUCCAAUCAAUUGUCUAUGAAUGUUCAGGAUACUGCAGAAAGGUAUGAAUCACAAUAGAAAAUGAAAUGCAAAAAAAAAUAUAAACUAACGAAUCGAUUUCAUUCGAGGUUAAAUUUCUUCCAAUUCCAUAGGAGCAUGUUGAUGCUAAUGUCUUCCCUGUUUGUUUGCUGAGUCCAUGAAAGGAGAUGAGCUGAAAACUAUAUUUUCCUUGAACUUGUACGAUAAGCAUCAAUUCAUGCCAAAAUCUAUUGGUUGCCAGUGUUUUAAUGUGGUAGGCUUCUGCGUUUGGACAAUGUAUGUUUUAAGGAACGUUUAAAACUAUUCACAUGGAUAAAAAAUAUUGGGACUGCUGUUGAAAGGCAUCACAGAAAGUCAAGCCACGCAUGGUUUGACGUGUAGGUCGCUGUGAGUUGACCUGAGUCACAAGAAUUGUGUCUGAAAUGAAGAAAAGUUGGGAUAGUUGUAUGUUUCGAUUUUCAUAGACUUGGAAAUGUUUUCCCCAUGAUGGAGUCAUCGUUAGCAGUGUGGAAGGGGAGCAGGCCUGAAAAUUAAUCUCCGCAUUGGUGAAUUCGUGGUAUUGGGAAUUACAGAAAGUUAGGCCUUAAGUUUUUCGUGAUCUUUAUUUUCCUAGACAUUUUCCUUGGAGUUACUGACGUGAAUGUAUUGUAUAUAAUUCUGAAUCUACACUCACGGGAUUGAAGAAGCAGAUGAAUUUAUUUUCAGAAGUGUCUCCACGGUCCACAGGCAAAGGCUGUUCUUUUGAAGUUCGGAAAGUACAGUGAGAUGACUAGAAACGGUAGGAAGCCCAAUUUUAUAAUCUGCUCAGCAUAUUGGUUAUUAUCCAUAUUCAUAAUGGCUGUAGCCAUUGAGACAAUAAUUGGAGGUAUAAGAUAUUCUGGAUAGUUAAUGGUGAAGGAGCAGAGGUAGAGAUUGUGUAGCUACGAGUGAACCUUUAAGAAGGUGAUUGUAAGUCGGGGAAGUAUGUAAACACUCUAUAUAUUAAUAUCAUCACGAGGUAGUCAAGGGCUAGUAAUAAUGGAGCAUAUAGCAUUGUAUCAAUGAAUGUGUUUAUAUUCUAUUUGGAUGUCGGUUAUUGAGAGUUCUCAGUCCAUAAGUAACAUUGUGGUCUUCAACCUGCGAAAUGAAAAGAUAAUCGAUUUCUUGUAUUGCUGGAUUUUUUAGUGUAGCGUCUUUUAAAAGCCUAACGUUCAUUUUGUCUACUGGUUUUUCUUCUAUAAAGUGAGAGAAAACGUCCUGGGAUGCUUGGAUCCUUGAUUUAUAACGUGAGGAUGUACCCAUAAUCAGAGGACAACAGCGUCUGGAAAUGGAAACCACGGAAAUUUACUGCCUAAGUUCAUUUUUUAAGUGAGGACGUGAGAUUGGUGGAGUAAAACGCUUGAGGGGUGGGGGGAGGGAGGGAGGGUUAUUGUGUUGACUGUUUUCCCUUCUUAUUUUAGUUGGUUACUUUCCGUUUUUCUAUGGCUAUGAUAUAUCUUUUAAUCUGUUUUUAUUUUGUGCCAGGUCGCAUUGAUCCUUUUCAGUUCUUUAACUGAGACGAUCGGGUCUACAUUUCAAUCUAAUUUAGCAGAGUUACAGCCUAUUCUACUUAAAAGUUUACAAGAUGAAACUAGUACUCGUGUCCGUGUGGCCGCUCUUAAGUGAGUAGUACACUUUCUGAAAUUCUUAGAAUACAAUGUUGAUCCAUUUGGUAUAUGUUGUUCAACUCAAUUCUGAUUUAUGAUAUUGAGACUAUUUAUUCAUGUUUUCAGGGCUGUUGGGUCUUUGAUAGAGUUCAUCAAUGAAGGAAAUGAUAUUGUAAGCCACUUUCUGAUGUUAUUAUAUUUUGCCCUUUUGUUGGUCACGUCAUUGACUCUAAUGAUACAUUUUUAUCGAUUAAGAUUUUGUUUUCUCUCAGAGAAUUGUGUCAUCGACAUCUCAAUGUAUUUCAGUGAAGCAUGGAAAAAGAUCUCAUAUAAACUGUCGAUUUAAGUGAUCUUGUUUUCGACUUAUGAGUCAUGCAUUAGUUACUCAGUUGGUCAAUUCAGCUCGAAAUUAGAUGUCCACUAUCCUGUUCAGAUGUAUACUCAAAUCCCACUUGGACUGGAAUCUGCUGAUCCAAACCUUUCUGAUAGCAACAACUAAUGAUGAAAAAAACAAGAAAAAUAGAAAACGAGAAAACUAGGUUGGAAAAAAAGGGUCCUUAUCUCACUGUUACUCGUUGUUGGUCAUCAUUGACAGCUACUGCAGGGCAUUAGCUAUGGCUACCUGCUACCACACUGAUCCAGCUUUCUUGGAAUUUCACUGUAGGAUUCUGUCUUCCACAUCCCUGCAUAGAAUGGGGAGAGGGAUUCAUAGGAUGUGUUGCCCGUUUGUUAGAGUAUGUGCAAGGGAAGAAUGUAAGAAAAAUAAGAAAAUAAAACUGUGACAACCAGUGGGAAGACUGCUAUUACUGGUCAUCUGGUGUGGCCACCCACUGCUACAUUGCAGCAAUUUGCUUUUAUGGUUGUCACCAUAGGCCUCUUUCCUUUGCCUUGCUAAGCGUGGUUGGUUUGGCUAUUUGUAUGGAGGUGCGGAGACUUUGUUUUUGCGUAUCAGAAUAUUUUGGAUGCAUUAAUACUUUCGUUAACCGUGCAAUUCGUUUCAUGGGUGAAAUCAGCCUUCGUGUGAAUCUAUUUAUUUGGAUCUAUUGUGUACUUCCACUUUUCUUGUGGUUUCUCUAUUGUUUUUAAUUUGGCAUGCCACUCCACUGCAUCUCCUGGGGAUGUAUAGCCUCUUUUCAUUAGUCAGUGAAAUUUACGAUGCAGUUUCUACAGCUGAAAAGAACUCCAAUGAUACAUUUUUGUAUUAUCUUCAAUUUCUAUAUUGUAAUCUUAUGAUGUUAGGAGUAAUAAUCAGGCAGUAGGAAUAUCGUUUAUAACUGAGUCUGUAAAAUUUUAGCCAUUUGAACGUAUUUACCGGCAUGAUGAAGUGCUGGUGAUGAAUAAUUAGAAUGCAACUAGUUUCGUUGUAUUCUGAAUCCUUUAUGUUGAAAAAGUGACUUGUGUCUCAAUUAUGUGAGUACUUGUGAGCCUGGUGAUUAAUUUCAGAUAAAUGCAAUCCCACUGACAGGGAAAUUCGAUAGUGCAACAAGUGUCAAAUAUAAUUGUCCUAUAGAUAAGUAGAUUAAUGUGAAAUCACGGCAUUUUGUUUGAUCUCAGAAUGUGCUCGAAAAUAAGCAAGUGUUCAGUGACUCUGAUUACACCUGUAUAGACUGGUUAGUAUUCAGUGGAUGAAAAAGGUGGUGGUUAAUUCGUGAAAUGUACUGUCACUCCUAUUAUGUUUAUAAAGUGAAAUAAAUGAGCGGAAAACUUGGCAUGUUGUGAAAUACCGUAAUUACCAUGCGGGAUCAUUAAAUGUUCACAAGUGCACAUGGCUUUUUUGUGCAGGUGAAACUUUUUCGGGAGUUUAUUCCCAGUAUUUUGAGCGUAUCACGUCAGUGCCUUGCAAAUGGUGAGGAUGAUGUUGCAGCAAUCGCCUUUGAAAUUUUUGAUGAGCUUAUUGAGUCACCUGCUCCUCUUCUUAGUGAUUCUGUAAGAUCUAUCGUGCAGUUUUCCCUUGAAGUUUGUUCCAGUCAAAACUUGGAAAUGAAUAUUCGACAUCAGGUACUACGGGGAAUCGAAAAAGAAUGCAGUUUCAUUUUCUUAACUUUGAGAAAUGUAUCUUAGCUUGUCAUUCUUGAUCUUAUCAGGCUAUUCAGAUAAUUUCGUGGCUUGUGAAAUACAAGGCUAAUUUUCUGAGAAAGCACAAGCUGGUUGUUCCCAUUCUCCAAGUAAUCUGUCCUUUGCUUACAGAAACAAUUGAUAAUGAUGAAGAAGUUGAUCUUGCGGCUGAUAGAUCGGCUGCAGAAGUGAUUGACACAAUGGCUGUUAAUCUACCUAAGCAUGUUUUUCCUCCGGUUUUUGAGUUUGCUUCAGUAAAUAGUCAACAUGUGAACCCCAAAUAUCGGGAGGCAUCUGUAACAGCGUUAGGUGUCAUUUCAGAGGGUUGUUCGGACCCUUUGAAAGAUAAGCUGAAUCAUGCUUUACACAUUGUUCUGGGAGCCUUGAGGGAUCAAGAGCAAAUGGUGAGGGGAGCUGCGUCAUUUGCAUUGGGCCAGUUUGCUGAACAUCUGCAACCUGAAAUCAUAUCUCACUAUGACGCCGUUCUUCCGUCUAUUCUGUGUGCCCUUGAUGAUGCAUCUGAUGAAGUGAAGGUAAAUUGGUGAUUCUAGUGUUGAUGUCAGAUACAUAAUAUAUUCACAUGCUUAUGCGUGCCUAUUCAUCUUUUCCAGGAAAAAUCAUACUAUGCAUUGGCAGCAUUUUGUGAAGAUAUGGGUACAGAGAUUCUUCCCUAUUUGGAUUCUUUGAUGGGAAGAUUGAUUACAGCACUCGAAAAUAGUCCUCGUAAUCUUCAGGAAACAUGCAUGGUAGGAUGACAUCUAUAUUUCAAUGUUGAUGUCAGUAUAACACUUUUUGAUGAAAAGAGACUAAAUGGUUAUUCCUUAUUCUCUGCAGUCUGCGAUUGCUGCGAUAGCAGCUGCAGCAGAGCAGGCAUUCACACCCUAUGCUGAAAGGGUCCUGGAAUUGAUGAAAGUUUUCAUGGUACUCACAAAAGAUGAAGAUCUGCGGUCACGAGCGAGAGCUACCGAGCUAGUUGGAAUAAUUUCAUUAGCUGUUGGACGGAUGAGGAUGGAGUCAAUAGUACCUCCUUUCAUUGAAGCUGCCAUAUCUGUAAUACUUCAUUCACAUCUUUUCUAACACAAUUUACAUUGAAGGGUUUGAUUUAUGAAAAUAAUGCUUUCAGGGUUUUGCAUUGGACUAUACCGAACUUCGCGAGUACACCCAUGGAUUCUUUAGCAAUCUUGCAGAAAUGUUGGAUGAUGGGUUCUCACAGGUCCGUUGGCUGAUGCAUUCGUUUCUAGUAUAUUUUAUUUAUGAUGUUUGUUAACUCAGUAACAUUGUGCUGCGUGUUUUAUGAUCAGUAUCUACCCCAUGUUGUUCCCUUGGUGUUUUCCUCAUGCAACCUGGAUGAUGGAUCUGCUGUACAAAUUGACGAGUCUGAUGAUAAGGACCACAUUAAUGGGUUUGGGGGUGUAUCUUCUGAUGAUGAUACAUAUGACGAGCCCAGGGUCCGCAAUAUUAGUGUUAGAACAGGAGUAUUGGACGAGAAAGCUGCAGCAACCCAAGCUAUUGGAUUUUUUGCUCUUCAUACAAAAAGUUCUUAUGCACCGUAUCCUUCCAUCUGAAGUACUUCUCCUAGGUUUUGGCAAUUGAAUUAAAAAUAAUUUUCUAUUAUAUACUGUAUCCUUGAUAACUGCAAGCUAUCUGGAGGAGUCACUGAGGAUCUUGGUCAGACACUCUACAUAUUUUCAUGAAGAUGUCCGGCUUCAAGCUAUUCUUUCCUUGAAACGUGAGUAUCGAAUCCUUAUAAUAUGGGAAGUGAUAGAUCAAAUAAGCUCAGAGAGUCUGGGCUAUUGCAAAAACUCGAUGACAGUUCUUACUAGAAGUGAAAAGAAUGAAAAAGCUAAUGAUAGCUUAAUUUAGCUAAUGAUGAAUUAUUUUGGGUCUAAAACAUAUUUCAAUGUUUAAGCAGACUAUGCAAGAGUUUUUUUGUAUUUCCUGUAGAUCUUCCACUCUAUACGCAUGUUUCUUUAAAUUCUAUUUUUUUCUUAUACUUGCCAAAUUAUGUUUACCGACAGGCUGUUAACCUAGGGAAUGAGAAGCGUAAUAGCUAAACAGAAGGCGCUCUAUCUUCCUUUCAGUGGCCAUGGUGUCUUCUUUCCGUUUUAUUUCUUCCAUGUGGAUUCAAAGUUGAAAUGACCACUUUGAAAUGCCAAUAAAUUGAUGGUGUUUGAAUGUCAAUCUGCUGUUUCCUAUAUCUGCAUGAGAACGAUGCUUCAUAGUUAUGGGCUGUGCAUGUCUAAUUUAGCAUGCAAAACAUGGUGGACAAUAUGUAGAAUCUUUAUUUGUUAUCUUAGUCAUCUUUCAAAGGUCUAUGCAUACCUUCUACUGCUUAGACUUCUGUAAAAGCAGAGAAGUUUCAAAGCAAAGACUUUUUUUUAUUGUUCUUUAUGAAUUCAUUUGGCUCAGGUAAUAGUGGAAGUAUUACUUUUGUCUUUAAAAGGUUUUAGUUUCUGUUGCUUGUUACCGAGCUCAACCAUGAUUCAAUUAGUUUUGCAACACCUACUUUCCCCCUUAAAAUCCUCAUCUUUGUUGAUAUCUUUAUCGCAGAUGUUUUCACAGCACUGCAGGCACUUACCACAGUAAACAGUGUGAGUCAUAUGUGCCUUAAUCCUCAGAUUUUUAUUUUUUUUGUGGUAAUACACAGUGGUUUGAUGUAAUUUACUUUUUGUGAUCCACUGAUUGGAAAUCUAUAAAGAUUGCAAGUUAUUCCACGAACCACCAUUUGAUGUCAAACAUAAAUCUUCGUAUUUCUUCUUGUAUAAAUGUAUACUGUCUGUUCUACUUCCUGUGUGCAAUUCUAGAAGCAUCAUUUUGAUAUUUAUGCAUCAUGCAGUAAUUUAUUUUUACUUCCAUUGGAAUUCUCAGAUAAAUUAUUACUUUCAGUGAUAGGAAAAUAUUCUCAAGUAAGCUUUUUUGUAUGUUCUAAUUUCGAGAUACAGCUAAUUUUUCUAUUUUUGACUAUUGUUAUGCAGGGAAUGCUGGAAAAACAGAAGGAAGUUAUUCGUAGGACGUCUAACAUAUGCUUAUUGGUUUUGUCUUCUCCAUUGUAAGAGAUAUAAUCGAGUUGGUAAUGAUAUGCAGAUACAGUGAUGAAUAUCUUCAUCAAGACAGCGAUGGAAGAUGACGACAAAGAAGUUGUUGCCCAAGCAUGUAUGUGCACCGCGGACUUGGUGAAGGACUGCGAUUAUGUGCUUUUAGCCCCAUGUAAGCUACCAAGUUUUAGCUUCUCAAUUUUGAAUAGAUCAAAAUCGACUGGUUAAUGUCUUCUGAUGGUUUUAUUUUCAUAUUAGUCAUUCCACAGCUUGCUGAAGCAACUUUGACUCUCUUGCGGGAAGAUUCUGCAUGUCAACAAAUCGAGUCUGAUAGUGAAAUUGACGAGAAUGACAUUGACCAUGAUGAGGUUCUUAUGGAUGCUGUUUGCGACCUUCUUCCUGCUCUUGCAAAGGCUAUGGGUUCUAACUUUGAGCCUGUUUUUGCAAAUCUAUUUGAACAUCUAAUGAAAUUUGCUGUAAGUUUCCCACUACACUCUCUCUCUCUCUCUCUCCCCUUAAUUUGCCUCCCUUUUUCUAACACUUGGGCUAUUUUUAUGGUGCUAAAUGGCAGAAACCUCGACGGCCUCCACAAGAUCGGACGAUGGUUGUUGCAUGUCUGGCAGAAGUUGCACAGGAAAUGGGCAUCCCAAUAGCUGGCUAUGUUGAUGUAUGUAGGUUUCUCUGCUGCCUCAUGAAUCGCAUUAUCCUCCCCUCCUGAUUAGACAUUUUAUAUCGUUCUCGAGUAUCCUUGCAGAGAGUGAUGCCAUUGGUGCUGAAGGAGUUAACAUCAUCAGACGCCACUAAUAGGAGGAAUGCUGCCUUUUGUGCCGGGGAGUUCUGCAAAAAUGGAGGCCUCCCCGUUCUCAAGUAUCCUUGUCAAAAGCUCCAAUGCAUCCUUUAUUACCACAAACCCCGCCCAAUACAGUAACAUUCUGAGUAGAUCCAUUUCGGAGUUUCAGCCAGAGUUUUGCCUGACCAAACAUGCUGCUUUCCCUGUUCAAAGUCCGAAUUAUUGCGUUUCCCCUUUCCCAAGUGGAAAACUUCUCCUUGACCCAGCCAAGAUAUUAUGGGGAGAUACUCCGAUCCCUCUACCCACUGUUUGGGGGUUCAGAGCCUGAUGCUGCUGUAAGAGACAAUGCAGCUGGGGCAGUUGCUAGGAUGAUAAUGGCUGCGCCUCAGUCUCUCCCGCUGGACCAGGUGGGAAACCAGAAGCUCCAUUGCAUGAACUUCACUUGCUGAGGAAAAUUCUUCCCCGUAUUUCAGGUUCUUCCUGUUUUCCUGAAAGCUUUGCCGCUUAAGGAGGAUCUCGUGGAGUCCAUGACUGUGUACAGCUGUGUUUGCGAGCUGGUGUUGUCAUCGAGUCCCCAGGUAAACCAUCUUCUCUUGCCGUGCUAUUAGAAAUCUAUGUCUUACACUGUGUUCUUGUUGAGGAACAGAUCCUCCCUCUGGUUCCGGUCGUGGUCAGUGUGUUUGCUCAGGUCCUCUUGUCCCCAGAUGAGUCCCCCGAGAUCAAGGCCCGAGUUGGGAUGGCUUUCUCGCACAUGGUCACCCUCUUUGGCAACCAGCUGCAUCCCGUUUUGGCCAGUCUCCCUCCUGCGCAAGCCAAUGCUCUAGCCCCAUUUGCAGGCAAAAGCUGA